GUGUGGGCAUGCUGUGCCACUUGCUAUUAAACUGUGAAGCAGUGUCUUAAAAAGACCAUCGGGCGCGCGACAGUCACUUAUGAACUAGCCACGAUAUUAACAGAAGUCGAGUCGGUUAUUAAUGUCAGGCCUAACCUAUGUAUACGACUGUUUCGUGUGUUAAACGUCGUGUGUCGUGAGUGUGCAGGUAAAGUUGUGGGUAAUAAAGUUUUACUUGUUUACGAUCGGUUUGGGGGCGGAGAAAAUGACACUGAGAAACUCAAAGAGUGGAAACCUCGCCAAAUCGUAUAUCGUCGUUUGAAGAGAAAGCAAAAUGUCCAAAAUUACCCAAUCUCCUCGACAAUAAAAGAGUAUAACUACAGAGCGUUUUAUCCGAUUCGUCCCAAAUUUGACCACAAUGUUAAUCAAUAACUAAGGAUAAAAGGUGUGUUCGCGUUUUCGAUUUAGUGCAUUAUUUUUCAAUUUAGAAGCACUUCUUCAACCGCUUUAGUAGUACUCCGCGCAAUACAAUAGCUGUCAAAAAAUGCGAACACACUUUUCUUCUUUGGUCAUUUGAGAUGAGAAAUAUGAUAUUUUGGGAGCUCCUGAGUUAAACGGUCUGUCGUUAAAUCUCGUGCCGCAAGAGGGCUAUUUUUCAAAAGAUGUCUCAAUGCAACAACAGGUUAAAAGGUGGUGAAUUUUGGUUAAAACAGUAGCUUUGACAGUUAGUAUUGCGUGUACCAAAUUUGAGGAACGUAACUAUAAAAAAUUGAGCACUAGUCUGUGUGUUGUGACCCGAUAUCAUUCACUUUCAUUAAGCAUGUCUUAGGACUUAGAUCUGAAAUAUUUUGAAAUGAAAAAUAAUAGGGUUUCAGGCCUAGUGCUCUCAGUCAGCACCGAGCAUGUGCAGAAGAAGUUUCCUAUGUGUUUCCAGUCUACUCACUUUUGAGGAAAUUUCGGAUAUUUUUAGGAAAUGAAAUUUUUACAUAACUUCCAAGAAAUUAUGUUUAAUUUUGUUUUACUGAACUUUUUACAACUUGUCUAUUUUAAAGUUAUAUACAACUUAUUGAGCAAUUUAUGCUUUGAAUUGUUCUUAUUUUAAAAAUACCGAAACCAACACCGAACCAAGGUUUUUCCACCCCCAAAAGACCAAAACCCGAGAUGAAAUUUGUGGAAUCGCCCAGCUCUACAAAUUAUAUAAUUAACAAGCACCUCUGACCCCCUCUCCCUUCCCCUCUUGGCAAAAGGGGCAGCAUCUGUACUUUUUCCACAGUAGCGGUAUCCAUGGGCAAGCAUUGUGCAGUCAUGUGCAAAAGUCAUUCCAGUUUUUGUCAUUGUUUCAUGAAUUACCCAUUCACUCUCAACCCAACAUGGUUCAAAAUACAUCAACCAAGUGAACCAACCACUAUUGGCAGUUUGGCUGUGAGCAUUUCUUUCAAGACUUUUUCCUCAGCUCCUCCAGUCUGUUGACAAUAAAGUUACUAGAAUCAAUGAAUCGUUCCACACAACUCUGCAGACAUGUCUCUGUCCUUGAAUCAAGUUUAUUGUUGUUAGGCUUAUCCACACAUUUCUCCCAACAUGUCUCUGUCAGACUGUGUACUUGUACUUGAAAUUUAGCUUUUUCACUUUCUGCCAUCAACUGUCGUUGCAAAACCGGAUCGAUGUUGUUGUGUUCUGACAUUGUAGUACUUAUAUUGCAUAAAACGAAAUGUGAGAGACUAGAAAUCCGACGAAAUCUAAGCAAAUUAUAUUAAUAAACAUACAAAUCUGAAUAUUUUUAAUUUUUUAUUUAUUGUGGAAUUGGAAUCACCACUUGGAGCGGACUGGGAGCUUGGGGACGAGAUUUAAUGGCGAAAACAAAAUGGCGGUUAAUUUUGGUAAUUUUGUUUCUGCUGAAGAUAAGGCAUUUAUGUGAAUUAUCUCGUGGUUGAAGUUCUAAUAUGAAUAACAUUGAACUGAGGAAUGUAAGUGUCGUUGUAUUCUUUAUAUAGAGGGUGUAUUCUUUAUAUAGAAUAAUACAUGGGUGCGCGGAAAUACCAGAUUUAUUUCGAGUGUUGAACAUGAUAUCUCACUCGUUCGCUGCGCUCACUCGUGAGAUAUCAUGUUUAACACGAGAAAUAAAUCUGGUAUUUCCAAGCACCCAUGUAUUUUUCUGUUUGUUAUAUAAAGGACAGUCUUUGAAAAGCCAAAUUUUUUAUACAGAAAAGCGAAAAUUGAAAAGCGAUAAUUUUCACAUAAUCACAUGUGAGAUUAUCAUAAAAUAAUCUCCGUAAAUCUCGCAUGUGAGAUUAUCACUUUUAUCGGUGCUCGAAAUCUCUAUAAAGCACUAUACUUUAUAUAAUAAAAACUAGUAAACGUUUAAACUAAAAAUUAUACAGGGCAUUUAUAGGGCAACCAGCCAACCAUCUAGGCUUUUUAUAUAGGGAGGACAGGGCCACUGAGUCACUGACUGACUGUCUGACUCAGUCUGACUGACAGGGGUUUUAAUAGUUUUACUAUACGUCUAUACAUACUAUGCCUGAAGAAUUCAUGACGUAAAAGAAAUGCCCUUCAUAUAAUCAUUUAUAAUAUAGCAUUUGUAAAUUCUGAACGCUGAUUGGCUAUAUAAACUCAAUGUCAACUUGGAAAAUUUCUUUCUUUAUAUUUCUUGUGCUAUAUUAUAAAAAAAUAAGCAUUUUUCCGUAUUGAUAUACAGUUAUAUCGACACUCAUGGAAAUUAAGAAAACUCUACAAUUUUUCGUUUUCUCCCAAUUUCCACUUGUGUUGAUAUAGCUGUAUAUCAACACGGAAAAUGUUUUAUAUUUGUUAUAAAAUAUCAUUUACCUCCUGAAUAUCGAAGUCAGCAUUUACCCCUGAACCAGGGAUUGAAAUUUUAAAACAUUUUUAACUAGUUGCCCAAGUGAUACCAGUGAUUUUUAGUCUACCAGUGAUUUGCAGUCUGUGGUGGAUCCAGCAAGAUUUUUUUAGGGGAGUGUUGGGCGGUCAGUCAAGCACACCAAACUCAGUGCCGGCUAGCAGCAUAAUGUAAUCAGAGUGAAUGUAGUAGUUUCUUCAUUACAAUUUACAGAUAUGUUGAAUAAAUAUAAUUUAAUUAAUAAUUAUAUAAAAUAAAAAUCCCAGAUUCUCUUGAUACUGUGAUUGUGUGCAGGGCUUUCAAAAUAAGCUGCCGGCUGCCAGAGCUCCGGCAGGUGCCAUGAAGUUUACCACCAGUUACUUUGUUUAGUUCUUGAAAUAUCAAUUCUGCUCUCCUUCCUUCACUCUAAGCUUUCAAACAAAGUUAUUUUUCCUCAACUUGGUCUGUACUUUAUAGCCUAGUUAUUUUCGAAAAUGACGUACUAUUUUGUAAAACCGAUUUAAACAGUUAUUUGCCAUCUUAAAUCUUGAAGUUACCUUGUUGAAGAAUGAAAGUAGUGACACAACGGAGGUCUGUAACCAAAUUAUAAUGUGACUUGUGUUGCUACCGCCAUCUAAUCAAUUUCACUAGUUAAUUUGGAUGACUUUAAGACCCCCUGGACCGCCCCCUCCCAACAGCCGGUUAUGGUAAUGAAUUUUUUUCAUGUUUGAAUAUUUGAUUGCUUUUCUAAUUUUUGACUUGAAAUUUCCAGCAAAAUUAAGAGUUUGCUUUAUUUCAAUCAAAGUAUCAAAUAAAUUAAUUAUUAAAAUUAGUAUUGGACUUUUUAGUAUUCUGAACUAGUAGUGCUGUCUUGAAUUCCAAAACAAUUAGUCUGAUAACAAACUUUCAAUUUUUUCUGUGUUGGUGUAAUGUACUCAGGUGAAUAUGAUGCUUGUGCUGUUACUCUGAGUGUAUAUCCACACCGUGAGCAAGCUUGAAAAAUAUGCCUGUCCACGGUGGCCAGGCAUAUUUUUCAAGCUUGCUCGCGGUGUGGAUAUACACUCAGAGUAACAGCACAAAACUUUCAAUUAAAUAAUAUACUUUAAACAUUUAAGAUAUAAAUUUAAUUUUUUGCAACCCAACCCCCCUGCACCCCUGUUGACCAAGGCCAAUAGAGGUGCACACCCCUGUACAACCCCCUAUAAAUCCACCACUGGUGAUUUGGUCAGUGAGUAAGAUUAUAGGUCACCAAAACAAAUAUGAUAUCAGAUCUCCCUAUGUCAAUGUGCUCCAGACUGGAAAGUAGGGCACCAAUGCGGUAGGAUAAUGCGAUCGACAACUUGACAAAACCAGCAAUGCUGUAGGAUAUUGCAGUAGAAAUGUACACUGUAAAGCUUGUGAUAGCCAGUAAUAAGUAAAAACUAUUUUCAAUUAUUUAAAUUCGUUUAUUAUUUUUCAAAGCAGUUCAUUUUGAAAGUGUUUCUAAGAGAAAGGUUAAUUUAGAUUUCAUGCUUAGGGGUUAUGUUGGAAUAAGUCAAGGAAAUAUGUUGGUCAAUAUCACUUUGUUUUGCCCGCAUAGAUAUCUAGAAUUAUCAAGGUCAAGGCAAGUGUUAUUGAGACCUUGAUCAAUUCUGGAUACCGGUAUCACAAAAACUGAAUUCAAUAAAAUUACUGUUUUAUUAUACAUUGCAUUUUCAUUGACUGUUUCGACAAACAUUGAUUUGUGGCACAAAACAACGUUUGGUUGUUAAAAAAAGCAGUGGAAACAAUUUAAUGAAUGAGUCGCAUCACAACAAGAACAAGUUGCAUACACUAAUCACUUUCCCAUUUAGCUCCAGUGCUCUCUUCUUGACAAGUAAAAUCGUCUGUGGAGUUAAAUAAUAAAGUAAGGCAAAUUAGGGUGCAAUGCAACCAUUAACCCAUUUGAGCACCAGUGCUCUUCCCUUGUAGAUUAACAAUUGUCUGCCAUUAGACAGAGUAAAAACAUAGGUGGCACCCCUAAAUCUAACUGUAAUUUACAGUGUAACCCUUGAAUGUACAGGUAACCUUAAAUCUAAACCUGCCUUAAUUAAGCAUAACACUGACUAACCCUCAGUCCUAGAUUUCCCCCACACCCCAACAUAACCCCUAAGUAUGGAAUUUAAAUUAACCUUUCUCUUAGAAACACUUUCAAAAUGAACUGCUUUGAAAAAAAAUAAACGAGUUUAAAUAAUUGAAACUACAUUAGUUUAAAUAAAAAUGAAACCAAGGCACAGUUCAAACCAUAACAUAUACAUGUAUACUGUGAAAUAUUUCUACACUAUGAUAAUUAAUUUAAAUCUUUAAUCUUCUGUAGUAUAAAGAAUUUGCCAUGUUGUACAAUAAAAUGGUAUCGGAAUGUUUUAAAAGAUGCAUCACAACAUUUAAUGAACGAAGUUUAUCUGGAGACGAGGUACCUGACAAGUAAAGCUUAUAACUUGUGCUAUGUGUAAAUGUUUUCAAUUUUUAUCAUCCUAUGAUAAUACAGUAAUUGCAAGAUAUUUUAAAUACAGUAGUUAAUACAGUAUAUUAAUGACAUGCUCAUGUACUGUAUGUGAUGCAUGUAGUUUGACCAAUGGCAGACUGUCUUUCCAUGUUUUUUUGUUAACCCAUUUACGUAGUAACUAGGGCUUUCAAAAUAAGCCGGCGACCACCGGAGCUCCGGCUGGUGUUACGAGGUUUACUGCCGGCUACUUUCUUUAAACAAUACUGUAAAAACAGAUUGGUAGAAAUAGUCAAUUCAAAUUGGUUGUCUCAGAUGCAUCUCUUUUUUACCUAUUUUAUUUGGUCAAAACAACCAAAAUAUUGGUUGAUUUAACCAUUUUGUUUUAGUUGUUUUAACCAAUAAAAAUUAGUUAAAUUAAUGGGUCUGAGACAACCAAUUUAAAUUGGUCAUUUCCACCAAUCUGUUUUUACAGUGAGUACAUCCAUCUCCCUUUUAACCACUGGCAACGGAAUAGCAACAAUAGACUAAUAAACUCAGAUUUGUAACUAUUGUCUAAAAACCAAGAAUUAGCUAGUAAAACUAUCAAUGAAGGAGAAAUGUUUAUCGGAAAUUUCUUUCUCGUUCUAGUCAGCGCUCUUAAUGACAGAUAUCCCUUUUUGGCUUUGACAAGAACUUAAAGUAUACUGCAACUAAGCUUAGCUUGUUUAUCUAAUUGACCAAGAAAAUCACAACUACACUGUUUUCAACUUAGGACCACCUUAAAUGGAAAGGAUUUCUAGUUUUUUUCUCAUGGGCUAUGCACAGAGAAACAGAUUGAACAUCCUUCUUCUGUUCUUCAACACAUGUGCGAUAAAAAUUUUUGAUUUUGAUCAAUAAAUAUGGAAAUACAGCAUUAACACGAAAACGAGGUUCCAAGUCAUGACCUGUUCUAGAUCCUUAUCCUAAACACAAAACUGCAGAUCUUAAUAAAUUAAAUGACAGUUUCGCUCUUGAUCAGCUAAUGUAUCACCAUGCUGUAUAUUCGACCAGCUUCCUCCCGACAAUAUCAAUGCAUGCAAGUUCUGCAAUAAGCCAUUCAGUUUCACUGACAUUUCCCCUAUAAGGCGUGAGCAUCAUUACAGUGAAGGAACCAUGCUCAACCUCUGUCACACCUUACUGCCUUUUGCUUUGCCCCAAUCUUAUCAGAAAUUUGUAACAGUACAAUACAUUGAGAGAAGGAAAAAAUCCUGAUCACUUUUGUCCAAGAUUGUCGCCGGUACCGAAAUGUAUGCCACCAAACGAGAUUGGGGAGACCUUCGCCGUAUGUCUAGAACUUUACAAAUAUCAGAAAUUAUGGAAAGCUUUAGGGGUGCACCGGAUUUGGAAUUUUCAAAUCCGGCCAGAACCGGAUUUACCGGAUUUGGGCAAAAAUUCCGGCCGGAUUUGCCGGAUUUGAGAUAAACCAGUAAUGGGGACAAUUGGGGAUAAAUUAGUAUUCAAAAUGGUGGUUUAUGUUUUUUACUAUUUUUAGUUAGUGUCAGUUUAGAUUUUUGAUUGUGUUUAAACCUUUUUAAAUAUCUUUUUGUUAAUAACUUGAUAUUUUAUCAUAGUAUAAGUGUUUUUUAAACUUUAAAGCUGCCAAAUUGAUGGUUUAUCCCAUUCUUGGUGAAUUUUUUAAGGUGAAAACAGAAAUUUAAAUCCGCCCGAAUUUUCUCCAAAUCCGGCCGGAUGCCGGAAAAUUCGUUAAAUCCGGCCGGAAUUCCGGCCGGAUUUGAAAUCCGGUGCACCCCUAGAAAGCUUUAUCUUAGAAGUGACACCGGCAUUAAGUGACACCAGCAUUAAGUGGCACCAGCAUUAAGUGGCACCAGCAUUAAGUGGCACCAGCAUUAAGUGACACCAGCAUUAAGUGGUACCAGCAUUAAGUGGCACCAGCAUUAAGUGACACCAGCAUUAAGUGGCACCAGCAUUAAGUGACACCAGCAUUAAGUGGCACCGGCAUUAAGUGGCACCAGCAUUAAGUUGCACCAGCAUUAAGUGGCACCAGCAUUAAGUGACACCAGCAUUAAGUGGUACCAGCAUUAAGUGGCACCAGCAUUAAGUGACACCAGCAUUAAGUGGCACCAGCAUUAAGUGACACCAGCAUUAAGUGGCACCGGCAUUAAGUGGCACCAGCAUUAAGUUGCACCAGCAUUAAGUUGCACCAGCAUUAAGACACCAGCAUUAAGUGACACCAGCAUUAAGUGGCACCAGCAUUAAGUGGCACCAGCAUUAAGUGGCACCAGCAUUAAGUGAAAAGUGAGACCAGCAUUAAGUGACACCAGCAUUAAGUGACACCAGCAUUAAGUGACACCGGCAUUAAGAUUGAUCCAUAUCAGUUUGCGAUGAAAGGCCAUUCGACAACAUUGGUUCUUGUAUUACCCAAUGUCUUGGAAGCCCUUGAUCGAGGUAGUUGCUCAGUCCAAGGCAGUUGCUCAUUUUGACCUUGUCGACCAUAUAAUAGGUGUUCACCAAGCCCAACUUCUCUUUUAGUUGAUGGUAUUUAGCUAUUUCAGGAUGUUGUAUGAAUUGAUGACCAUAUACUUGAAUCAGUUACGUCAUACAAACUGUUUGGCGUGUAUAAAAGCAGCGCAUGGAAUACACAUUACGACUAUAUUGUUAGGAAAGCCAGCAAGGGGCUUUACUUCCUGUGUAUAUUGAAGAGAGCAAAGAUUGGGCUAAAGUGUACUGUAGCCUAGUUAGACCAAUUCUUGAGUACGCAGCCCUAGUUUUGUCUGCACUCUCGGAUUAUCUAAGUACGAAAAUUGAAAGGGUGCAUGCAAAAGCGAGCCAUGAGAAUAAUUGUUCCCAGUAUCGCAUAUGAAGCGUUGUUGAAUAAAACUGGUCUUGAGACACUAUCUAAGAAAAGACACGACAUUUUCUAAGACGUUUGCGAAAGACAACACACUAUCUGAACCCCUCCGAAAAUAUAAUCGUGUAUGUUACCAUUAAUCAUAAUUAUAACUUAAGAGAUAUAACUGAAUUAAAUGCGUACAUUUCAUGAAAACCGACAGAUUUUUAAACUUUAAAACACGUGAAUAUUAAUGUGGGGUAACUGUAAGUAGAAGGAUAGUUGAAAAUUUAGUAUCUUGUUAAUAAUGUAAAUUCUUAUGGAAAAAACUUGCUGCCAAGGGUUUCUUGAAUAAACCUCUAUACAAUCGUCAAUAAAAACAGUCAUUUCCAGCUCCCCCCUUUCAAUUGGUUAAGUUAAAGUUUCUGAACUAUAAUGUCAAAACCAAUAUUGUACAAGGGGGCGAGGAGAUACAAAGAUGCCAACAUGUGUACCUGUAUAUGAACACUAAGUUACAGAUUAGUUUACAGCUAAGUGUCUACGGAAUUGUUUAUGAUUGUAGGCUUGCAAAUAAGAUUUCAUGUUUUAUUAUUAACUUUAUUUCUAACUUGCAAUUGUUUUCUAGCACGAGUGUGUGAAUGAAUGUGUAAAUAAAAUGGUGAAUUUAAAUCAUCGAGUAAUGUCAGUAUUCAUGGAAAUUGGUCCACCAGCUGAUAAAGAAAUGGGAAUGGGAGGUUCUGCUGCAUCUUUACCUACCAGAUAAUGAUGAUUGUGAUUGGAAAGAAGUGAAUUACAAACUACAGGUUAAUAUUGAAUGCUUUUCUGUGUGGAAUGGCAAGAGAAAUUAAUAGAGAGGUUAAGAUACCCCGGUUCCGGUUUAUCGGUAGUGUCAUCUUGUUUUGAAAUUUGCAUCGAUGUCUGUGAGUUUUGUCAUAAGUCUAUCGGAAAAAAACCCAGAAAAAAUAUGUUCAAACAUGCAAACACCAGAGGAAAUUUCUGAACAAAUCGACGCUACCUGUACCGGUAAACUGGAACCGGGGUAUCUUAACCUCUCUGCUAUAUUGGCGGGGAUGCUAGUCGGUCAUCCCCCUACCACAAUCAUUUUCAUAUGACAAAUAGACUUCUUGACAACAGGGUGUCUAAAAUCACUCCCAAUGGUGCAAUUACGGCAACAUUUGGCGAAGCAAGUAAGUGGAACAGUUGGAAAUUGUGCAUGAUGGAUAAUUCAUGCUUCCACUCCUUUCUCCUUCUCUCAUUACUAGCUCCCAAUUAUUAUCAAUUUCGUGACAAGUUGAAAUGCUCUGCCAAAUAUUCAGUACUUCCGCCAUUUGCAUGUGAAGGAAGCUAGAAAUAACUUAUAUCAAAGUUGAUGAUUUUCAAGCAAACUUCCCACAUGAUGUCAUACUGUGUGUCUAUAACUGAACAGACAACGGCAAAAUCUCAUCUAUUUGUUUUAUAUAAUAAAAGGUUUAAAGUAAAUAACUUUUAUCCACCCAAACAUUUGGAAAUUUGAAAAAGUCGAAAUUUUACAAGUAUCACAAGGAGGGAAUGCUAUUGGCUACCUUAAGUGACAUCACGUGUGACGUAAUUCCGUGCGUCUGUCCUCUAAUAGAUCAUGGCUCUUGACCAAUGAAAGCGCUUGAAUUCUUAACGUUAUUAUAUAAAAACAUAUAUAAACAUGACUUUAGUCUUGUCAUUGAGCAAAAAAACUCAAGGUUUGUGGUAACAAAAGCACUAACGUGAUCCAGACUGGGCUCUUUUGGGGCCUUCUGGGACUUGGGGAGGGGGGAGGGUGUGUGUGCCCGCGGUCAAUAUCUCCUGAACCAUUUGGUGUAUUCCGACGAAACUUUUACAGGUGGACGGUAUGCCUUGUUUAAGUGUAUGUUACGCUCACAUUUUCAUGGCAACAAAUUGUGACGUGUUAUGACGUCAUUAAUUGUAAAAGUUGAAUUUUAGAAUUUUCAAAAUUAUUUUCUUUAUUGUAAUUUUCUGCUGUUUUUGUUGAGAUAAGAAAGGUAGUAUAUAAAAAAAUACUUUCUCGUUUUUAAAAGGUGCUCACUUAAAAAUGCUGAAAUUUGUUAUUGGUAGGUGUUCACGACUACGCUGUAACUUUUUUGGCGUAAUAUUAUUCACUACAUUUUCUACACAUCGAUCUGUAAAGGGGCAACUGUGUGCUAGCACCAUGAGACGCACCACUGCAUCGUCAAUACACGAUAAAAAGUGAUAAAUCUGGGCAAGCAUUUGUUGGUUUACCUGAGAUGGAGAAAACAAUAUAUUUUCUUCCUGUGUGUACAAGUACAACCUAAAAGUAAAACAAAUCAUGCAGGCUCGCAAUAUUUACCAUAUUGCCAUAAAUACUGUCUACUAAACAUGGUUUUAAAGUUAAGGAAUUAUUCAUGUCAACCAUGGGUGGAAUGGAUUGUUGGAUCAAACGACUGAGACGUGUGGUUCUGCACUCGUUGAAAUUUCCUCGCGUGCUCUAGUAUUUUUUCCACCCUGGCUUGUGAUUUGCCACCUUUUGAUUUGUCUUUGUUGUGGAGAAAAAUUAUUAAUUUAACAAUAUUUCUGUAUUUUAAAAAUCUGUUAACACAGUUAAAUAUUGAAAAGAGGUAGACUAAGCACACAGUGUGAUGUACUUCAUGUUGUAAAAAUUCACGUUACCUUGAUUUAUAAAGGUACGUUUACACGCUGCGAUUUGUCGGGCCGAUUUUGCUCGCUGUAUGUAAACAACCUGUCGUGAGUACUCGCGUCAGCACAUUGCGAUUCACAAAAUCGGGAGAAAAAUCUGUAACAAAACCACAGAUUUUCUCACGAUUCAACGAUUUUUCUUCCGUUGUAAAGUUGUUGAAAACUUUUCGCACGCAGAAAACUAUAAUAUGAACAGACGAGAGAGCGGACAGCUUCAAUUGAACGUUUAAAUCGCUAAAUGUCGAAGAAGGGACAUCGAUUUUUUUUCAAAAUCGGCCCGACAAAUCGCAGCGUGUAAACGUAGCUUAAGACUCAAAAGUCAAAACUCUCCAUGAAUUGUGUUGUUUUAUAUUUAUUUAUUUCAUCAUAUUACAGUAUGUACAAUAAUCCUCCACCUAUGUACAGUAAUCCUCCCUCCCCACAUGCAGCGAUUCAGAAAGACUGACAACGUACAAAUACAGUAAAUACUUUUACUUGUAACCCAAAGUUGUUAUAGGCUUCAAUGGCUAUACAGUAUGUAAAAUAGCAGCACUGGAGUUAGUAUAAUUAAGAAUGAAGCUUAGUAUCUCGGUACACUUCCUCCAUCCUCGAAGUUCGUCAGAAUCUCAGUUUCAGGAAAUUAUAAUUUGUUUGAAACCUUAGUUUAUACAAAGGUAAAUCCAACCAGGUCCAACGCACCGCCUCGGUCCAACGCACCGCCUGGGUUUCGUCCAUUUAAAAAAGUUUUUUGUUCGGGAAUAGUCCAAUACACCCUUCCGGAAAGUAGUACGUCACACUUUAAAGCCUCGUUUUCGGGUAUGUGACAUUAGUUAAAGUCUAACAUCUCAAUCACGAAAACGACUUUCCGGAAGGGUGUAUUGGUGAAUUAAUAAAAGUUGUCCUGGAUAAAUAAAACGCGAUUUAUUAAAGAAUGAGGCAGUCCCACCGUACUCUUCAACAGAAUCACCUAGUUUGAAGAUUUGUCACGUUUUGACAACCUCUAGUUUUUCUUUAGAGUCUGUAUGAAUUACAUCGACUGUUCUGAGUUCUUUCAUUGAAAUAGUGUGAUUGUCAGUCUUGUCCUUCAUUAGUAAAACUUUGCACUGGAACAGUUCCUUAUUGUCGAUCUGAAAGAGUUGAAUGAAAAUAUAUAUAGUUGUUGUAUUGAAAUCACUGAAAUGAAAUUAAUUGCGGCUUAUUUUUCACCCUGCUCGGUUUCCUUUGUUUUUAUCCGGGAAUAUAAUUAUUCAAUAUUCCCCUGUAAUCAAUUUCCGUUUAAUUUAAUAAUCCCCUGCAAUGUCUUUGCAGCACAAAAAAUGAGAAAAAAACAACAUAACGAAGGCAAUAUGGCAUUAAGAAUUAUUUCUAUUCUGACUCAUCAACGCGACCUCGCAAUAGAGAGGUUAAGAUACCCCGGUUUCGGUGUACGGGUACGAGUAGUAUGAUUUUGGUUAGCAAUAUUUUCGUCGAUGUCUGUACCUAUACUCGUAAUUAAGGUGCACAUUUGUCGCAUUAUAUUAUUGUCUAUUGCAAGAAAACACAAAAAGUAUGAUCGAAUUACGGACAUCAGUAAAACAAGAUGACACUACUCGUACCCGUAAACCGAAACGGGGGUAUCUUAACCUCUCUAUUGUGAAAAAUAAGUACGUUAUUUUGAUGCACCUCGGGGAUAUGUGUUUAUUCACCUCGGCGCUGUGCGCCUCGGUGAAUAAAUCACAUAUCCCCUAUUCCCCUCGUUGCCUCAAAAUAACCUAUACAAAGCCGAUUUUAAAAUAAUUGUUGAAGCAAUUUGUAAAUGGAAUUUCAAGUAUGCAGUUUGUGAAAAAUGCAACUAUAUAUUAUUAUGCCCUCUGGCAGGAAUCGAACCUGCGUUGUACGGUCGUUUGUACGGGACUGGUGGUUACUAACAUAACGAUAAUCGGCAGAUUAUAUAUUUGGAAUAAUCGGCCUGAAAAUAAUUGGCCUCACUAGUCGGCAAUUUUUGUGAUCGGCUCAUCUCUUGUAGUUUUAUCAUAGAAAUAUAUCAAAGCAGUAUAUGUAUAAUUAAAAGCAAAUAUGUGAAUAGAGUUAAUGUAAAUGAAAUAGGGAAAACUGAGUGAAUUUAUCUCAGUGGACAAUAUAGCAUACCUUCACUACGUCUUGUAUAGUCUGUAGCUGCGUUUCAUCUAAAAUCCCUUGAAAUUUGCUAACCAAAACAGCAUAAGCCAGAAUCGAACUCUGGAAAAAAAUUUCACUUUAAAUAAUUAAAAAAAACUCUCGGAGAUUAAAAGAGUUUCCCUCAAACAAAACAAUGUACAAUAUACCCAUGCAGUCAUGCAUGGAUGUGCAUGAAUAAACUAUCGUUGGAUAAGCGUGACUCCAUAAUCAGCUGGGAACGAGGUUGCAUAACCAGGUCCAUGGUAAAACUAUUUGUAUAUUGGGUAAGUCUCGUAUCAGAGCAAGCGCCUUUCACCUCUGAGACCACGUCCACGGGUUCGAUUCUCGCACUGCAGACUCUUGGCAUGCACUUACGCAUGUAAAUAGAGUCAUACAGUCAACGCUCUACCGAGACUUGUGCAUGAGUUCUCUCCGGGCACUCCAGUUAUUAUACAGCUCAGUGAUGAGUUCUCCGGGUACUCCGGUUUCUUCCCACAGGGAAUGUUGACAGGGUUGGGAUCAGCCCCUAAAUGACCCAUCCACCGUCGGUGUGCUCCAUUGUCAGACAUGAGUUAUAAUGCCCAGGUUACACGUGCAAUUUUUUAUCGCGCGUGCAACACAACGGGUUAAAUUUAAACGCGUUGCCGACGCAAGAGAAGUGGCAACACGUGCAAUGAUUUUUUUCGUCUGGUAAGACAUUCAGUGCAAAGUCAGAAUUUUAUAAAUCGAGGGCAAAUUCGUGAUUUCUUGACAAAAUUUAGCGCUCAGCUUAAUUUUUUACACAAAUUUAAAAGUUUAAUCACUGUGAAGUGUGGUCUGAUCGGUAGAAACAAAAGCUGCCGAAAGAUCCUAAUAUGCGUUUAAAAGUGUAUGAAUAUUUUUAACGUUUUAAUAAUAACGUUUUGGCAAUUAACUGAUUUCGCCAUGUAUCGACAGCUAGUGCAUAGUGUGUAAACAUAUUAUUCUACGAUACUAGAUUAGGCGCCCCAAAUAUAUUUUUCACUAGUCAUGCAGUCCACUUGUCAAGUGAAGAAAAUUCAUUGGCUAAAUGUAAUCAGUUGUAAUUUUCUAUUUUCGACAACGAGUCAACGACUCGAUCAGGUUGAGCUAUACGUCCUUCGUAAUUCAGCUUAGAUAUCAGCUGCAAGUAAGAGUAAAUCUAUACUUUUUUGUUCUUUUCUAUAAUUUUUAAUUGAAACGCAUGUUGUAUAUAGAAGCUCUCCAGUGUCUCUACUGAUAUUUACCAAUUACACUAAUGAGAGUGGAAUUUUUUAUAUACAUUUAUUAUACCUAACCAGGAGUAGUUAGUUGCGAAAAAUGCAACUAUCGGCGAACCUGUAGCCCUGUGAUUCCGGUGCAGCGCUCUAACCAACUGGGGCCGGUGGACUAGCGGAUUUCAAAACUUCAGAGAAGAAAACUUCUACUGACUCAGACAAGACCUCUGAAGAAAUAUUAACAGGAUGUUGGAAAGUUUGCUUUGAAUUUUAGGUUAACCUAGGCCUAGGGUUAAGCUAACCCAGCUUUGAACAAGUGGCCCCUGGUGGCCCCUGAGCUACAGAGAGACAGCUGUCGAUCUCUGACGACAAGUUUAUGCAUAAAUACUAAGAUGAUGCCAAUGUGCGGUGUAUAUGGGUGAAUAUGAGGAUUUUGGUCAUCUCACCAUUAUACCAUUAUAACUUGAAGUUCUUAUUUUAUCAAUAUAAUUUUUAAUUUAUAACUUUGUAAAUAAAUUAGCAUACGUCACUACGUUAUUUACCGUUUAAUUAUGCAAUUUAGCCUGCAUGCAUGCACAUGGACUGUGAUGUAAUCUGUUUGCAAUAAACUAUCUAGAUCUUCAUAUGUACCUUAAAUUUCGUCAGUUGCCAUUUACACAUACACUCUUGUAUCGUUCCUUCAGCUUCAACGAGCAACUUUUCCGAAAUAUUUUUAAUGUCCGAUCGAUAGGCUGCGAAAAGCAUCUGAUAGAACUAUAUUGAGACAAAAAAUCCAUGAUUAUACACCAGCAUAUUUUAAAUAUAAUUCACGAUCAGUUGCAUAUCCCGCAACUGCUGCUGAUUUAACACUUCCAAAGCCUAAAAGAGAUUUCAUGAAGAAUGGUUUCAAAUUGCGAUAUAGUAUAUAGCAUGCUUUGGUAUAUGUACUCGCUACGAUUCUCAAGAGAUCUAUCACUCCCAAACAACUCAUACUUUACACCUUAAAAAAUCCUUAAACGCUUAAAAAGUCUGUUCAAAACCAUUAAAAAUUCCGAAAUUUUUUUUUAAAAAAUUGGAAAAUAAUCCAGAAAAAUCCUAUACGGGAUUUUCGAAAUCCCAAGAGUCUCGUAUACUGGACGAUUCUAAUCUUGUGGCACUCAAGUUCGUCUCCCAAUCCUCCUUACGAAAGCGUUAGCUUUUGAUGCAUGUACGUUUUAGAAAACAAGCUAUAGGUCUGGAUAUAACUCAUCAUCUAUUUUAGGCAUCACGUGCGUUUUGUAUUUUCGAUCAAUAUAGACACUUCCCGAAUUAUUACACUGUCCGCCUCGAUUUUUAACUAUUGUUUCGUGUGCACUCAAACAAGUUCGGGAAGUGUCUAUGGUAAAUUUUCUCCCAGUUAACCGUCAGUGAUGACAUGAGGGAAAACUUACGUGUUGUAAAAAUAUCAUGGGCGUUGCGACGUAUAUUUUCCAGUCAAUUGUUUUCAAUAUAAUUAAUUCCAUUUUUAGUAUAUCUGAUUUCGAGCAUCCGCAUUGGCUGGCCUCCAACACCACACCAACGACAGGGAUAUUCUAUAAGAAAUUGAACAAAGUACUUUGGAUGCAUUUUGAAGAUGACAAGAAAUCGGAUAAUUAUGGUAGUUUGGGUAUCGUCGGUUACCAGUUUGAAAGAGACAUGGUAUUUAUCGAAAACUAUAGAAACUACAAUAAUAAUACAAUACAAAUUUUAGUACUGAAUUUGCUCUCAUAACCUACUUGGUUCACCCGAAUAAGAUAUAUUUUUAUUGGAAAUGCCUUUUAUUUCGCCUUUUGUUAUUCCUUAAGCCUGCCGCACACAAGAGAAACUUGCUGAGCUGACAGCCUCGCGUUGCGUGGUU